UGCCUUGACUGCCUGGCGGGGAAAAUCUCUUUAGCAGGAAGCUCGACAUGCAUGACUUGUCCUCUGGGGAAGAUCGUCAAGCACGAUGGGAGGAGGAGAUGCUACUACUGCCCCUCAGGGAAGUAUGCUCCGCUCGACACUCCCCUGCCGAAUCAAUGCACCAGUUGUCCUGCGGGGAAGACAAAGAAGUUUGUAGCUGCAGUGAGCGGGUGCGAGGACUGCGACCUCGGAUGGUGGGCGGAUGAAGGAUCGCCGUUGGGUUGCUUGCGUUGUGAACCCGGGACGUUCUCUGAUGGAACCAUAGCCUGUACAUCCUGCGAUCGAGGUCACUACACUGCCGGGUUUGCCAUGACAACAUGUUAUGAAUGUGCCGUCGGUUCGUAUGCUAGUUCCGUUUCCUCGUCGACCUGCAGGCGUUGUGAGCCAGGUGUCUUACUGUCCUGCACGUUCUGCUUCUACUUACAUGCAAACAAUCUAGGAUCCUACAGCAACCAGACUGCAACAGCUCUCUGUCCUCCAUGCGCCGCUGGGAAGUUUUCUGCUGAGUAUGCUUCUACCACUUGCAAUGACUGUCCAGGUGGUGUUGCUACAUCAGAACGACACAUUCCUAACAUCAUCGCUUCAGAUCCGCAGCCAAGUGCUGAGUGUCUGCCAUGUCAACAAGGGAAGUUUCAUCCAAUCACCGGGCUGACGGCCUGCCUGUCAUGUCCG